GGAAGGGGUGGGAAGCUGAGGAGCGGACUACCUUGCCGUUAUUAUUAUUAUUUUUUAUUAUUUUUAUUGCUAUUAUUUACGCCGCGCAAGGAGGACGCUCGGAAUUCACCGGCCUGCCGGCUCCCGAGAAGGGACCGGGGAUUGCGGCGGUCGCUUUUCUUUCUCGAUUAUUUUUUGUUUGUUUGUUUGUUUUGAUUUGGCUUUUUGUUCUCCCUCCCGUUAUUUCCCCUUUCCCGCUGAGCGGCGGCAGCAAUAUGGCUGGUGAUGGGCUUUUUGGGGGGCGCUGGCGGCGGGAGGAGCUCUCGGCAGCCCCUGCGCGCCCGGCUCGCUGUUAGCUAUGGCAAAUGGCAGCGGCGGCGGCUCCUACCCGGGCGGCAGCGGCGGCGGCAUUAGAAUGAGUAACAAUAUCAACGCCAACAAUCUCAACACAGACUCGUCCUCCUCCCCCGUCAAUGUGCCCAAGAUGGAUGCGCUCAUCAUCCCGGUGACCAUGGAGGUGCCCUGCGAUAGCCGCGGACAGCGCAUGUGGUGGGCUUUCCUCGCCUCAUCCAUGGUCACUUUCUUUGGGGGACUGUUUAUCAUCCUGCUGUGGAGGACCCUCAAGUACCUGUGGACUGUCUGCUGCCACUGCGGGGUCAAAAACAAGGAGGCCCAGAAGAUCAAUGGUGGUGGAGAUACGCAGGCAGAUGGGGCCUGCAAACCAACAGAUGAAAAAGAGGAGAAUGUGGCAGCAGAAGUGGGAUGGAUGACCUCUGUGAAAGACUGGGCAGGAGUCAUGAUAUCUGCCCAGACACUAACUGGCAGAGUACUUGUUGUCUUAGUCUUCGCUCUUAGUAUUGGUGCUCUUGUAAUAUACUUCAUAGAUUCAUCAAACCCAAUAGAAUCCUGCCAGAAUUUCUACAAAGAUUUCACAUUACAGAUUGACAUGGCUUUCAAUGUGUUCUUCCUACUCUACUUCGGCUUGCGUUUCAUAGCAGCCAAUGACAAGCUAUGGUUUUGGCUGGAAGUUAACUCAGUAGUAGAUUUCUUCACGGUCCCUCCAGUGUUUGUUUCAGUAUAUUUAAACAGAAGUUGGCUCGGUUUAAGAUUUUUAAGAGCCCUUAGACUGAUACAGUUUUCAGAAAUAUUGCAGUUUCUGAAUAUCCUUAAAACAAGUAAUUCCAUCAAGCUAGUGAAUCUGUGCUCUAUAUUUAUCAGCACAUGGCUGACAGCAGCUGGGUUCAUACAUUUGGUGGAGAACUCAGGGGAUCCUUGGGAAAAUUUUCAAAAUAAUCAACAGUUAACGUAUUGGGAAUGCGUUUAUUUACUGAUGGUUACAAUGUCUACUGUUGGUUAUGGAGAUGUUUAUGCAAAAACAACCCUUGGUCGCCUUUUCAUGGUCUUCUUCAUCCUUGGGGGAUUGGCCAUGUUUGCCAGCUACGUCCCUGAAAUCAUAGAGUUAAUAGGAAACCGCAAGAAAUAUGGUGGUUCCUAUAGUGCGGUUAGUGGAAGAAAGCACAUAGUUGUCUGUGGUCAUAUAACACUUGAAAGCGUGUCCAACUUCCUGAAGGACUUCCUGCACAAGGAUAGGGAUGAUGUCAACGUAGAAAUCGUCUUUCUGCAUAAUAUCUCCCCUAACCUUGAGCUGGAAGCUCUUUUUAAACGACACUUCACUCAGGUGGAAUUUUAUCAGGGUUCAGUCCUCAAUCCCCAUGACCUGGCAAGAGUAAAGAUAGAGUCAGCAGAUGCGUGCCUAAUUCUUGCCAAUAAAUACUGCGCUGACCCAGAUGCUGAGGAUGCCUCCAAUAUUAUGAGAGUUAUUUCAAUAAAGAAUUAUCAUCCGAAGAUAAGAAUUAUCACUCAGAUGUUGCAGUAUCACAAUAAGGCUCAUCUGUUAAAUAUUCCAAGUUGGAACUGGAAAGAAGGGGAUGAUGCAAUCUGUCUCGCUGAGCUCAAGCUGGGUUUCAUAGCUCAGAGUUGCCUGGCACCAGGCCUUUCAACAAUGUUAGCCAACCUCUUUUCCAUGAGAUCAUUCAUAAAGAUUGAGGAGGAUACGUGGCAGAAAUACUAUCUGGAAGGAGUUGCAAAUGAAAUGUAUACAGAAUAUCUGUCUAGUGCCUUUGUGGGUUUGUCCUUCCCUGCAGUUUGUGAACUGGUGUUUGCGAAACUAAAGCUCUUAAUGAUAGCCAUAGAAUACAAGUCGGAAAAAAGAGAAAGCAGUAUAUUAAUCAAUCCUGGAAACCAUGUCAAGAUUCAAGAAGGUACCUUAGGAUUCUUCAUUGCAAGUGAUGCCAAAGAAGUAAAAAGGGCAUUUUUUUACUGCAAGGCCUGCCAUGAUGACAUCACAGAUCCCAAAAGGAUAAAAAAGUGUGGCUGCAAACGGCCCAAGAUGUCCAUCUACAAGAGAAUGAAACUGGCAUGUUGUUUUGAUUGCGGACGCUCUGAGCGUGACUGCUCUUGCAUGUCAGGCAGUGUACAUAGUAACAUGGACACCCUUGAGAGAGCCUUCCCACUUUCUUCUGUCUCUGUUAAUGAUUGCUCCACCAGUUUACGUGCCUUUGAAGAUGAGCAGCCGUCAACACUGUCACCCAAAAAAAAGCAACGAAAUGGAGGCAUGCGAAAUUCUCCCAACUCCUCACCCAAACUGAUGAGGCAUGACCCCUUGUUAAUUCCUGGCAAUGAACAGAUUGACAAUAUGGAUGCCAAUGUGAAAAAAUAUGACUCUACAGGAAUGUUUCAUUGGUGUCCGGCCAAGGAUAUUGAAAAGGUCAUUUUGACUCGAAGUGAAGCAGCGAUGACAGUUUUAAGUGGGCAUGUAGUCGUUUGCAUAUUUGGGGAUGUUAAAUCUGCUUUGAUUGGAUUAAGAAAUUUAGUGAUGCCAUUACGAGCCAGCAACUUUCACUACCAUGAACUCAAGCACAUUGUGUUUGUGGGUUCACUUGAAUACCUGAGAAGGGAAUGGGAGACACUGCAUAACUUCCCCAAGGUUUCAAUCUUGCCUGGUACACCAUUAAGUCGGGCUGAUUUAAGGGCUGUCAACAUCAACCUCUGCGACAUGUGCGUUAUCCUGUCAGCCAAUCAGAAUAAUAUUGAUGAUGCUUCGCUGCAGGACAAGGAAUGCAUCUUGGCGUCACUCAACAUCAAAUCUAUGCAGUUUGAUGACAGCAUUGGGGUCUUGCAGGCUAAUUCCCAAGGUUUUACACCCCCUGGUAUGGAUAGGUCAUCUCCAGACAACAGUCCUGUCCACGGCCUGUUACGUCAACCCUCCAUUACGACAGGAGCCAACAUCCCUAUUAUAACAGAGCUAGUAAAUGAUUCAAAUGUUCAGUUCUUGGACCAAGAUGAUGAUGAUGACCCAGACACAGAACUGUACCUCACACAGCCCUUUGCAUGUGGAACCGCAUUUGCUGUCAGCGUGCUGGACUCUCUCAUGAGCGCAACAUACUUCAAUGACAAUAUCCUCACACUGAUACGGACAUUGGUAACAGGAGGAGCCACACCAGAGCUGGAAGCACUGAUUGCUGAGGAAAAUGCUUUGAGAGGAGGUUACAGCACGCCCCAGACACUUGCAAACAGGGACAGGUGUCGAGUUGCUCAGUUGGCUUUGUACGAUGGGCCAUUUGCAGACUUAGGGGAUGGAGGCUGUUAUGGAGAUCUAUUUUGUAAAGCACUGAAAACAUAUAACAUGCUUUGCUUUGGAAUUUAUCGAUUAAGGGAUGCUCAUCUAAGUACUCCCAGCCAAUGCACUAAACGUUAUGUUAUCACAAACCCACCGUAUGAGUUUGAGCUUGUGCCGACAGACUUGAUCUUCUGUUUGAUGCAGUUCGACCACAACGCUGGCCAAUCCCGGGCCAGUCUUUCUCAUUCCUCCCAUUCCUCCUAUUCUUCCAGCAAGAAGAGCUCAUCAGCUCACUCCAUCCCAUCAACAGCAAACCGACCGAACCGCACCAAGACCAGGGAUUCCCGGGAAAAACAGAAGUAUGUGCAGGAAGAUAGACUUUGAUAUGUGUAUCUGCUCCCACUGUGUGUGAAACUUGCAUUCACCACCCAUUCUCCCCAAUUAAUGUUUCCAACAGUAAUGUUCCCUGUUUUCCCAUGGAGCUCUCCCUUUUUGUACACAUAUUUUGCAUAUGUAUGACAGUGUGCAUGUGGUUGUCAUUUUUAUUUCACCACCAUAAAACCCUUAAGCACAACAGCAACAAAGCAGACGGACCAAAAGUUAUUUAUAAUACUAGGGGAGAAAAAAAUCUAAAACUAAUAGGCACACUGAAAACAUAAAUAACUCACUGCAGUUACCUAGAUAUCAGAAAAUAGAUUAUAUUUAACAUGAACACUUGUUUUUGGUGUUAGACUUACACAAAAAAAAGUCAUUUAGUGCAGAAGUGUUGAUGUAUUUUGCAGUAGGUUUUUAUAACUGCAUCUACAGGAGUUGAUACAUUUAUAUGAAGCUUAUGAAAUUCACCUAUUGCCAAAAAAAAAAAAAAAAAAAAAAAAAAAGCCCACAAAAACAAUAGCACACCUACUGCUUUUUCACUAGCUAAGCUUAAAUUAUAUAGCACUUGUGCUCUUUGUAUAGAUUAUUGUUAAGCACCUGCUGUAUACCAAAGCAACAUCAGGGACUUUUCUGCUUCUUUGAAGACUUUCUCUAAAAUACUAGCAUUUUGGAGUUAGUGUUUUUUUUCCCUUUAACAUUGACAUUGUCUGGGCAUAGAGUUGUAAAACUCCAAUGGUUUAAUUUAAGUUUAGAAAGAGUCUAAUUGCAUAUUAAAUUAUUAUUCUGUCUAUUUAUACUGCCACAUGAAUAGCUAUAUUUUCUUUCACUUUUGACAUUUGGGAUAAAAAGCCAUAUGUAUCAUAAAUAUUGGAUGUAAGUCAUUAAAAAUUGCCUUGCUGGGACUUUUACGUCUUUAAAAGGUGAAUUAGUCACCUUAUGUACAGAAUAAAUAAUGUUCAGAAAAGAGCAAGCAUUUUUCUAUGCUUAAGUAUCAGUUCCCAGGGGACUUUAUUCCUUUCCCCAGAUGGUAGUUUAACUUUUCAAAGGUAGAGUGGUGGUAUAAAUCUUCCAAUGAGAGUCCUAAUUUGCAAAGAUCCUCCAGAAAUCCCAAGCCAUGUUUUAGCCAGUUCUUUUCAGCAGGUAUGCCAGUACAUGGUAAGCAGGAAUACGUGGGAGGACAACUGAGUGCCUUUAAGAUCUGUGAGCUUCCUUCCCAUUUGGGAAGAAAAGAUGCUGUGCCAAAAUGGCUAAUGAAUAAGCAGAACAAGAGAGCUGGGGUGGAAACAUACACUGUACUGAGGCAUCAUGUUCUAGGCACUUGUGUAUUCUCACCAAUGACUCACCCAGCCAAACAGAGCUUGUUGCAAGAAGUUACAUAAAGUAGAGGAAAUAAACCUAUCCUAGGGAGCCACAAAAAUGGUACUUGAGGCUUAUUUUUAAAUUUCAAAUGCCAACCUUCUGAAAUCUAGAAAUAGUUCUAGGCUUUGUGACGAAGUUCCCUGGGUGAUGGGUAGGAAGGCUGGAAACUUGUACCACCUUCACUCUCUACCCAGCAAGAAAGCAUGCAGAGAGAAAAAAAAGAAAAAACUUGGAUAUGGGAGUGAUUAGCAUUGCAUCUGCCAACCCAGACAAGGUGCUUUUAUGGUUAGUGUUGUUUUUUACCUUCCCCUUCCCCAAGCAUGGUAAUUUUGAAGAUUUGCUUGCUGUGUGAAUUGACAAUGAAGCCAAGCACUUUUACUGACAAAACCUGUAACCAUAUAAGUGGGCUACAGAGAGCCACUGCACAGUAUUAAGCAUAACAAUUGGAAUACAGUAUAUAUGUGUGUGUGCAUUCAAAUGCAGCUGUGAGUCCUGUCAGUGAAAUAUGUUGCAAAUUUUGGUUGCUCACCUACAAAUCAAUAUAUUACAGUUGCUUUUGAUCAUAAAGACAAAUUCAUGUUUUUCUUUUUGCAAAGAAAGUUACCGUGUUUUGCCCUGAGAAUAUUUAUUUCUAUAAGGAUGUGCCAGUUAAAGUGCUCUACAGGAAAUAUGACAAUUUAAAAGCAUUGUAAAACUUACAUAGCUUACUUCUUUUUCUAAAGUGCAACAAGGAUGAAUAGAAUGGGCCAAGGUAUGACAAUUAAUGGUUCUGCAUGACCUAGCAACUGCUGUGGGUUUCCUUCUAUAACUUUGUCCUUGUGAAAACUUGUGGAAUUAAACAAAAAAGUAGUUAAAAACUUUAUUCAGUUACUGGUUUGUUUGUUUCUUUGUUUGGUUGUUGUUUGUUUUUUUUUUUUGCCUUUAUUUUUCCCUCCAAUCCAGAAGUAAAACUGGCUGCUGCUGCUGCUGCUGCUGUUGCUCAACCCUGUUUUAUUUUUAUCCUCUCAUCAGCUUGCCUUUCUAAUUGCACGUGUCCUCUUAUAAACAUCCAGGUUCCUACUCAAUGAAGAUGCCUAUCCUGGUGCAGACAUUAAUUUCUCAUUCCUCAUUCCAGCUCCUUUCUUCCCCUCUUUUCUCUCCCAUCCCUUGUGUAUGUUCAUGAGCAUCUUUUUAUGUUGGCAAUAUUAACUGAAGAUAAUGGAGAACAGUUAUGCAUUUUGGAAGAAUGUUAAUGGUUUUGACACCAAAAUGCAUUCCCAUUAAUGUUUUAUCUGGUUUCCAUUUAGUAGAGGAAGGAAGGGUGUUAAUAUGAAGCCAGUUGUCACCUACUAAAUAAUAAUGAUUUUAUUAAAAAAAUAGUAAAUGUGCAGCUCAAAUAGGAGACAUAUUAACAGUCUACAUUAGAGAAACAAUUUGUCUUCUUUGUGAACAAAAGAAGAAUGCCUAAUAUGGGUGAAAAUCUAAAUUCUUUUGAUCAUCCUGAAAUCUAAUUUUCUUCUGUCUUCUGAUCUUAAGUCUGCAGAAUUAGUUCUUACUUUCAGUUAUUCCAUUCAAUUUUCACAUUAAAUAUAGUCAUACAGACCAACAGUUGUUUAUUGAAGAGAUGAAGAUGUUCUGACGUGGAUAUACUGAUGAAAUUGGAAGGCUGGUCAUUAAAUGUAGAGGAUCUGGCACCUUGCACACCUAAAAGAUAUUUGGCAUGAGCUCCCACUGGUGGAGUCAGACAUUUUCCAUUCUCAAAGGUAGAAUUUGUUUUGCAACCUAAAAAAACAAAAAAAUCAACAAAAGCAAGUCCAGAAUAGUAUUUUUGUCCCAAAAUUUUAGCUGCCUAGGACCAAACUAAAGGCCUUGACAGGGAGCAAGAAUAAUUUCUUCCUUCUCUUUUCCUGCAAAUUACUUCCUACCUACCUCACAUAAAAUAUUCAUCUGCCAAACAAGAAUUUUAAAGUAGGUGGAGAAACUUUUAUUUUUCUAAUAAAGGAAGAAAUUGUGCAGCAGAAUUGUUGGCUUAAUUUUAAACAAGUGAGUAAUUUGUGGGACAACCCAAAUGCAUCCUUUUCAGCCUCAUUUGAAACUGGUGUCACGAAAUAAAAAAAUACGAAUCCUUUUUUAAACAACUGUAAGGUAAUCUGGGAUUAUGGUGAGAAUACAGACUCAGUAAAAUUUAGCAUCAUCUUUAGCUGGUACUUUCUUCACCUCUGCCCUAUUCAGAAGGUUUUUCACAGUGACAUUUAUUCAAAGGCCAGAAUUUUUAAAGACAGGGAAAAAAAAACCAAACAGCUGUUUGAGAGAACUGUGAGAUUGUUAUAGAUGUAUUGAACUAAUCUUUUAUUUUUAAUUUUUGAUUUAUGCUUCAAGGAAGUCUUACACAAGUUAUUAGUACUUAUUUAUUUUUUUGUGAUGCAAGCCCUUAAGACCUCCGUGAAUGCAUUUGGGUGCUGACAACCCAUAACAAAUACAAGUAUAUGUCUGAGAAGAAGGUGAUUGUUUUCAGCUUUGUGAUACUUUUGAAGUUACUUAGACAUUCCAAAGUCUCUCAACUGAUGGUGUCAAAAGGAAAUCCAUCAAAUAGGGUAGAAGGAUUUGUAUGUCUCUUAAAGAGCUUUUAUUAAAAAAAAAAAAAAAAUUCAACAACAAAAAAAAUAUUGAAAACUAGGCUUGUUCUCAAUGUAACGUAUGGUUAGGAUCAGUAUGCAUGUGCCAAAAAGGAGAGAAACAGACAGGACGCAACAGAGGACUACCCACAUUCUGGUGGAUAAAUCAAUAACUGCAGUCUUGAUUUAAAAAAAAAAAUAGUCUAGACUUUUAAGGAAAAAGUGUUUUUGUAAGAUGUGUAAAGAUCUGUGCUAACACUGUAAACAUAACAAAAAAGACUUAAAAGUGUGUAAGGGAUUCAAGAAGAAUAUUUAGUAACUGGGAACAGAACACAUCAGAUGGAAAGAUGGAGAAAGUCACUCCUCCCAUUUCAAAGGUAAGUAUAGUGAGUAAUGGACUUCCACAGCAGUUUCAUCAUUAUGUUAUUAAAGACAAUUUGGACAGUAGAAGAAGGACAGGAGAAAUGAAAAGCCGGGUCUAAGCAUUGAUGCAGGAGAUGGUAAUGCCUGGAUUAAGGUUUCAGUGCUCGCAAAAAGAAAUUUAAAAAGCAAAAGAAGUCAAAGAAAAUAAUCUACAGGUUUCUGCAUUUACUAAUUAUCUUCUGUAUUUAUUACUUGCCGGGUGAAGGCAUGAGGAGACUUGAUGGUGUCAGUUUCUAAAGAUCGGCUCCCUGGACAUGAGUUUUAUUGUAAAGAUUAACAUAUAAUUACCUUCUUCUGCAGUUCUGGGGAAAGCAGGGGCAAAGCAAGUGCUUUUCACUUGCUGCUGAACAGCACGCUGCUGCUCAUCCUUAGCACCAGCACAGUUCUUUCCCUUCUUGCUCUGAGAUUGCAUGAAUUUGCAGCAAGUUCUGUUUGUAAGGAAAAUUUGUGUACUGUAUGUUCAAAAAGAAGCUAGAGAUAAAAGUUCACAGUGCUUAACUUGCCUCAAAAUCAUUUUAAACACAAACCAUUAGAAAACUGUUAGUUUGAAAUUGUUUAUGUGAUCUUGCAAGGCUUUUAAAACAUGAUAACCAUCACACUUUACACCUCUCUGAAAGGUUAGUUUAAUCGUAGAUCACAUAAAAUUGGUUUUCACAAAUGCAUAAUGGUUCAUGUGUCACACUUGAACUAAAUGGUUUUUUAAAUGGAGCUGAAAUUAUUUUGAUGUGUACACAUUCCUAGAUUUUUUUUCCUACAACCUUUCUUAAACCAGCUCCCAUCAGGAGCCAUUCCCUUAAAGUCUCAUUAAUAAUUCAGAUGUUCUGAUGACUUUAAAAGAUCUAUGGAAUUGAGGCUUUUUUUUUUUUUUUUUUUUUUUUUU